GUGUUUCCUUCUCACCCGUCUCUCUGACUCACCCGUCUCUCUGCAGAGAUGUCGGAGGAGGCGCUGGUUCUUCUCGCCGCUGUCACAGUGCUGGGCGUCCUGCAGCAAGCUUAUUUCUCCCUGCAGGUGAUCUACGCCAGGAGGAAGUAUCUGGUGUGUCCUCCUGCCACCGGUGGACCGCCGGAGUUUGAGAGGAUCUUCAGAGCUCAAGCCAACUGCUCCGAGUAUUUCCCGCUCUUCAUCUCCGUCUUGUGGACGUCCGGAGUCUUCUUCAGUCAAGGUUUGUCUUCAGUCUGCGGUUUGCUCUAUUUAUACGGACGCCUCCGUUACUUUCAUGGAUAUUCACAGUCGGCACAACAACGGCUGGCUCCUCUGUAUUUCAGCGCUGAGGUUCUGUGGGUUCUGGUCGGGUUCUCGGUUCUCGGCGUGUUCCUGUCGUUAUGCAGAGUUUACCUGGACGUUGAUCUGCUGCACAAGCUCGGUUCUGCCCUCGACCUGGUGUGAAGGGCGACCCCUCAGGGGUCAAAGGUCAGACGUCACAGAAGACAGAAUGGGACACG